AUGGCGAUGGUCGCCGCGCCGGUCGUUGGUCCGCUCUUGACCGUCAUCACGAUCAUCAUUGUGAUCAUCUCGCUGUCCAGUCGCGCUGAAGCGCGCACCUAUCGAAGCGGAUUCCCAAAGUUCCCUGCGAGGUGCGGUUCGAGGCUGGUGGCGUGGAGUCCGCAGAGGGAGCCCCGGAUCAUCGGCGGGGAGGUGCCACCGUACGGAGCCGUCCCCUGGCAAGUGGACAUCCGUAUAGAUGGAGCUCACCACUGCGGCGGCACGAUCAUCGCAAACCGCCUCAUCCUGACGGCCGCGCACUGCUGCCAGGACAACCUGACAGUAACCACAGGAACCCAGGGACCUCACACCGAUUUCGAACAAUCCUUGAAAGUGCUGAAAGCCAUCAAGCAUCCAGAUUUCCGGAGGGACGGGCCGUACAGUAACGACAUCGCGCUUGUUCUCGUUGAAGAUCCAGGAUUCACGUACAACGCUGUCGUGCAACCAGUGUGCCUCGCAGAAGAAAGCCCCCAACCUGGCACCUGGUGUGAAGUCUCCGGAUGGGGUGCAAUGGACCCCUCCGAUCCGGAACGAAUCUCGCCUAUUCUCAGAUCAGCAGCCGUUCCGUUGAUCUCCUUGGACACCUGCAGACAGAGCGGCAUCUACGGAGGCCGACAACAACCCAUUUUGGAUAGCAUGCUUUGCGCCGGAAGACUCAAAGGAGGCGUCGAUGCUUGCGGAGGCGAUUCCGGCGGUCCACUCGUCUGCAACUUGGAUGGUAACCUCGAGUUGGCCGGCAUCGUUUCCUGGGGUGAUGGAUGCGCCAAGCGCGACAGACCAGGAGUCUACACUCGAAUCUCCAGUUACCGCAAAUGGAUCCGCGAGGCUGCCCAGAAUCUGGGUAUUCACUUCAUCUAA